CCCGAGACCCAGACCGAGACCGGAAACAGGAAAGAUUGUAAACAAGAGCGGAAAAAUCCUCGAAGAAUCCAUUAAAAUUACCGACGAAGAGGAGAAGAAGGCAAUUAAAGGAUAAGGAGGAAGGGGAGAGACCUGGAGGAAGUUAUUUAAGGCGUCAGAGGGAAAAAGAAGAAGGGAGAAGAGGAGGGAGAGGGGAAGAUAUGAGCUGUGGGGCCUGACACCAUCACCUCCACCCACAGGCUAAGGAAGGCACAAUGUCCGGGGUCCUGUUCGUGUCGGUGGUCUACUGGAUGUUCGCUCUCAUGCUGGUGUUCCCCCCGAGCGAGGUGGCAUCAGCGGGGCUCACCAUCGAGGCGCUGCUUGGCGGGUGGCUGGGCAGUGAGAGUCUGACCUUCGUACAGUACCACAUGCGUAGGACGGCUGCCACCUGUCUCGCUCACACCCUGCUGCUGCCUGGUUACGUGGCGACCCUAAUGAAAGCCGAGCCCUGGGUGUUGCUUUUCCUGGACACACGCAUCCACUCCCAAGCCUCCGUCCUCCUCGUCCUGGUCUCCCUUCUCCCGGCGGCUGCUGUGGCAUGGGUGGUGUCGGGCUGGUGGCAGGGCGGCUGGCAGGGGCAUCCGCUAGCCGCCAGCCUUGCCGUAUAUGCAUCUAGCAACUCUCCUGAGGCCUGGAAGUCUGUGGCAGCGGAUAUUAAUACGGAAUUUAGAAGGGUUGACAAGUUUACCAGCGGUGCGUCGAGCGUCUAUCGCGUAGUGGCCACGGACAGCUGGCUUCUCAAGGUCACGAAUUACAAGGUUGAGCUCACUAGCCUUAGGGACGCGGUGCUGUCGCUGGAGGCUAGUCAGACCACCGCUGGGCCCGCCGCCACCACCGAGGCCAACCCCGCCCCCGCCCAGCUGCUGACGAUCAAGGUUGUGUCGGUCAGGGAAGGGGUGCCGGCUUUCUCUCUAAGGCUGAGCUCGGUGGAGUUUGGUGAGCUGGAGCGUAAGGUGGUCAACCCAGUGGUCAACGCACGCCACAUCGUCAUCCAACAAAGCCUCUCGGACUUCUUCCUCGAGACCUUCACUGAGACCAUCCGCCUCAACCCCACGGUCUCCCCCCCUACACAGGAACGGUCGAUGUGCUUUGGGUGCCAGCAGACCGAGGCCAAUGUGACCCUCCAGCGCCGGUGCAGCGGUGCCGGCGGGGGUGAUGGUCAGUGCCAGGAGUGUCACUGCCGUCCCAUGUGGUGUGUGUCAUGCCUUAGUAAAUGGUUCGCCUCCCGUCAGGACCAGAGCCGCCCGGAGUCUUGGCUGUCCUCCCGAGCACCCUGUCCAACCUGCCGAUCGACCUUCUGCCUCCUCGACGUAUCCAUCAUAGCAUAGCAGAGGGCAGAGGCUCACCCAUUGUAGCGUAGCAGGUGUGUGUGUGUGGGGGGGGGGGGGGGGGGGGGGGGGUGGGUCUAUGUGUAAGAGAGAGAUAGGAGUAUGAAAAAAUUAUUUAAUCAACAACUUAACCUAUAAAAACACAAAACAAAUGGCCUUUUUAACAUACUACAUAUACACAAUGUGAUGCAGUUAUCAGCCUCAAGCCUCAAUUUAUUAGGACAAUUAAUACCUUGAACCUUGUACCACAAAGAUAUUUGAAUACAUAUUUUUCUACACCA